UGAAAGUAGUUUAUCUACACAAGCCUCAGAAAUUAAAAAAUGCAGUGAUUGUCAUUUAGAAAAGCAAAAAACAAACAUUUGUCGACCUCAUAGUAAUAAUCUAUUAUACGAGUAUAAGAUCUGUAAUUCGUACUCUAUAAAACAUAGUAAAAAGUAUCAAAAAAUAAAUCAACAAAAUACAACAGAAACUAACCUUAAUGUAAUGGUUCCAACUAUUGGUACUUCUACUUCUAGAACUAAUAAUAUCUCAAAUUUACUCCAAAUUCAUAAUAUUAUUGAAAACUAUGAUCUUGAGUCAACAGAAAAUAGUUUUUUCUUUAAUGAGGAUUUUGCAAACAUAAUAGAAAUAGAAAAGCAAGCUAAUAAUAAUGCCGACAUGCUCACAUAUUGCAUGGAUGAAGUAGAAAAAUUUGUCUCAAAACAGUUUCGGGAUACUAAGUCAUUCAGUGAACCUACAAAAUUUGCUUUUGAGAUUAAAUUAAACUCAGGGCUUUUAGAUAAUGUUGCACUUAGCCAAUAUUCCAAAAAUGAUUCAUUAAACUUAGAAAGAAUUAAAAAUAGCUUCGCAUAG